AUGCCGUCUGACAUCAGAAAUCUCGAGUCCCUCUUCUCUCUCCGUGUUGAACGCCAUGUCACCCCAACUUCUUCUGGCUCCACCGUGAUCAGCUACACUAAAGACCUGGGGGAGGGUCCUGUCUUGUGGCUCGUCCACGGUUACCCUCAGUCUGCCUAUAUCUGGCGCCAUAUUAUCCCCCAACUGCAGGACAAGAUAUCCUUGUUCGUUCCAGAGCUGCCGGGCUACGGCCUCAGUACUCUCAAAGGCACGGCCGGAGUCGCCGCCGUCGGCGCCGCUCUGCUUGAAGCUAGCCAUGCAUUGUUCCCUAACCGUGACAUUAUUUUAGCCGGUCACGACCGUGGUGCCCGCAUCUGUCAUCGCCUUUCUGUUUCCAAUGCCCAUCCCCCCAAGGAUGAUACUGCCAACCUGCAUUCUUACAAACUCCUGGGUACUGUGCUGCUCGAUAUCGUCCCCACUCUGGUCCAGUGGCAAUCGUUCGCUCGCCCGUUGGCCAGUGUUUCCUACUUUCACUGGCCAUUCCUGGCAUCUCCUGUUGCAGCCGACAUGAUCGAGGCUUUUGGUGCUGCCAAAUGGACACACCUGGGUUUGGACCGCAUCUGUGGCGACAACGCAGAAGGGCGCAAGGCCAUGCAGUCCGACGACGCCUGGGAAGUAUACGAAUCUCUGCUCUCGAAACGUGAAGCCAUCGAAGGAUCAUGCGCCGAUUACGCUAGUGGUUGCUUCGUGGAGCCACCCCUCCAAGAAGCAGAUCAAAGUGAGGGUCGCAAAAUUCAGAGUCCCGCGCUUGUCAUGUGGAGUCUCUCAAGAUUGGGCAAGAUGCACGGCGAUGUUGGAUCAAUCUGGAAAGACUGGGUGCAAGAUACAUCCUUGCUGACUGCUCAAGGCGUAGGAGACGAUGUCGGACACUAUUUGCCCGAAGAGGCUAGCACUGUCAUCGGCUCAGCCAUCAAGGACUUUGUCGAAAAGGUGACGAAGUAG